AUGUCAACCUCGUCAUCAUCGACCUCUUCCCAAAGCCUCAAAAUUGGCAUAGUUGGAUUCGGCACCUUUGGCCAAUUUCUGGCCAAGACAAUGUUAAAACAAGGCCACUCUCUCGCUGCAACUUCUCGAUCCGAUUACUCCGACCUCUGCCUUCAAAUGGGCAUCCAUUUUUACAGGGAUGUUAGCGCAUUCCUUGCCGCUGACAUAGAUGUCAUAGUGUUGUGCACAUCGAUAUUAUCGCUAUCAGAGGUUGUCGGGUCAAUGCCAAUAGCUUCCCUGAAGCGCCCAACACUAUUUGUUGAUGUUCUUUCAGUCAAAGAGCACCCGAGAGACCUUCUGCUACGAGAGUUGCCAGAGCACUCUGACAUUCUCUGCACUCACCCUAUGUUUGGACCUGUCACUGGCAAGAAUGGAUGGAGAGGUCUUACUUUCAUGUAUGACAAAGUUCGGAUAAGAAAUGAAGCUAUCUGCUCUAGUUUCAUCCAAAUUUUUGCAAGUGAGGGUUGCAAGAUGGUACAAAUGACUUGCGAGGAACAUGACAAAGCAGCUGCGAAGAGCCAAUUUAUAACACACACAAUUGGCAGAACAUUGGGAGAAAUGAAUAUUAAAUCCACACCUAUUGACACUAAGGGCUUUGAGGAACUUGUUAAAUUGAAGGAGACGAUGGUGGGAAAUAGUUUUGAUUUGUUCAGCGGAUUAUACGUGUAUAACAGAUUCGCCAGGCAAGAGCUGGAAAACCUUGAACAUGCCUUGCAAAAAGUCAAAGAAAUGCUGGUUGAAAGGAGGAAUCAGGAGAAGGGUGAAGAGAAGAACUGA